CCUCUCUGCGCAGUCUGGAAAUGCACUUCCGGUCCGUGAGACGUGGCUGACCGUGGAAAAUCUUUCAGGAGGGAAAUCGGGAGUCUGUCUGCUGCAGUGCUCCUGCUCUUCUACACAGCAGUGCCUGGAUGGCAGGGUCAAGCCGGAGUAAAAACUGUAGGAAUUUCAGCCGGGCUCCUCUCUACCUUACAGUACCCUACAUGUUUCUUCCGAGUGCUUUGCGGAGGUCUGGGCUGAUGAGCGCAGGACCAGAGAAGCCCGUUUGGGCAUUUGCUGUGCUGCUCCUUGGCGCCGCCCUACUGGCGUCAUCCCUUGGUGGGAAGAUGAUGGCUCAGACUGCUGUGGCCCAAGCAAAGACUGCACCUGCAGGACCAGGACCGUGGUGCAUUAAGGACCUUCUAGACCUCCAGUACCUGGAUGAGCUGUUCUCCAUGGAUAACCUAGAUGUUUGGUUCUGCUCCCUUGUGGGAUCGAUCGCCGUCGGACUCAGCGGCAUCUUUCCACUCUUAGUGAUACCUAUUGAAGCUGGAACAACUUUGAAAACUGAGGCUGGGUGUCAGAAGCUGAAGAAGCUGCUGAGUUUUGCCAUUGGUGGUCUCCUAGGUGACGUGUUUCUCCACCUCCUUCCUGAAGCCUGGGCUUACACUUACAGUCCUGAUGGGUCCCACAGGCACUACAUACAGGGUUUGUGGGUGAUUGGGGGUCUGCUAUCCUUUCUCAUUUUGGAAAAGGUGUUCCCUGAUGACAGUGACCCAGAGAGCAAAGCUGCCUGCCAAAGAACUAAAUCGUCUUCAACGGAUCUGGGCAGUGAGGUCUCUGUGUCCCCACAAACAAAUGGCAUCUGCUCAAACAACAACUCCGACUCCAAGCCAAAGACUGACAUCAGCCCCUACACAGAGCCAAAGAAAAUAAAGACAAGUGGUUAUCUAAACCUUCUUGCUAACUGCAUUGAUAACUUCACUCAUGGGCUGGCAGUGGCAGGAAGCUUCUUAGUAAGCCGAAAGGUUGGUUUCUUAACAACAUUUGCUAUUCUGCUUCAUGAGAUCCCUCAUGAGGUGGGAGAUUUUGCCAUUCUGCUGCGAGCAGGCUUUGACCGUUGGAAAGCUGCCCGUAUGCAGCUCUCUACAGCGCUAGGAGGAGUCCUGGGGGCCGGUUUUGCUCUUUGCUCUCAAUCACAGCAUGGAGCAGAAAAUGCCACUGCCUGGAUCCUGCCCUUCACUUCAGGUGGCUUUCUCUACAUUGCCUUGGUCAAUGUGGUACCUGAUCUGCUACAGGAGACCAACCCUAGGAACUCCUUUCUACAGGUUCUGCUGUUGUUUAGUGGAAUAGCAGUCAUGGCUCUUCUCUCAGUCAUCAUGGAAUAGCCACAGGCCAGCACUGCUAUUAUCAAGGGACUUUUAGUGUGCUACGUGGCAUGUUGGAUGACAAUUUACUCCACUGGUUAUGCUUUAAUUUGACACCCCCAAAGACCAUAUAAGGAAAGACCAUCGAAAGAAACCGCCUUGACAAUCAGGUGUUUGAAUCUGUGUCCACGUGAUUUUUAGCCUUAUCCUUCAUACACCUUUCUGUCUGAAUUAAUCUGAAACUGAACUCAUGAUGCCUGACAGGCACCAGCUGAAAUGGAAAGGAAAAACAGGUUUGUACAAAUGGUGCUCAGAAAUAACAGUGGUUGUUUUGACUCAGAUAUGCCAUAACAUUUACUACUACUCUGCAUCCUUGUUCGAGUGUCAUUGAACAUGUUACUGUUUUCAAAAUGUGUUUUUUUUUUUUUUUUUUUUUUUUUUUUUUU